GGAUCUCACAAAAACAUUACUUCAUUGUUAAUUUCAGAACUUUCUAAGCCACUUGCUAGUCUUUCUGUACUUUUCAAGUUGAUUCUCAAUGGCAGGUGUGAUGGAACGCCCUCAACGAUUGGUUUCAGUAGCACUGACUGUGGUGCUAAUAAUAGCAGGAGUUGCAGAGUAUGGCGGUGUAGCUGCUCAAUCAUCAGUGUGUGCAACUUCUCUGGCAACAUUGUCUCCCUGUGUGGGAUAUAUCACAAGUAAUAUGUCCAACUCAACUCCAUCACAGGGCUGCUGUACUUCCUUAUCUUCUGUAGUGCAGAGCAGUGCAAUAUGCCUGUGCCAGCUGUUCACUACCACCAAUCCUCUGGGAAUUCCCAUUAACCAGACAAGGGCUCUAGCUCUACCAGGCGCGUGCAAAGUCACCACUCCACCUCUCAGUCAAUGCAAUGCUGCAGGAGCUCCAGCUGCUUCUCCAUCUACAGGUUCUAGUGCACCACCAGCAACAGAAACUUCUCCUUCAUCUUCCCCUGCAACUCCAAAUGCAGUGUCUCCCUCAUCUAAUUCACCAUCUCUACUUCCUCCCACAACUUCUGUAGGAGGCAUUUCUCCAACAGCCAGCGAGAAGCCAACAUCUAAGGCAGGAGCCCUUUUCACACCAUCCACCAUUAUCAGCGCUUUAGCAGUAGCAAUGGUAGCGAUCAGUAUUUGCUGAACAUCUUUCUUCUAUGUCUGUGUUGGAUAUUCUAACAUGGACCUGAGUGUAUUGUGGGGUGCAUAGUAGUCUUUUAGCUUGACUUCCUCUUAUUUGGGUAGUCAUCUAUUAGAAUUGUAUAAAUUAUGGGUUUUAUGUGCCCUGUGCACAGUACUACAUUAGAGAUGAUUUGUAGCUAUUCUUUUGUCCUUUAAAUAAAUAAGGAUAUAUGCAUCCACUGUAAAUGUCCAGGUUGUUGGACCUACUGAAUGAUAUUUUUGUAUGCUAUAGCAUAUUUUAUAAUUUAUAUUAAUCCACAAAAGAAUUAUUUUGAAAA